CAAUCUUCUACUAUCUUCUCUUUUACUUUUAUUUUUAUUUUAUUUUUCUUCUCAGCUGUCUGUUGAUAUAUGCUGACCUAACCAAUUACUACAAUUUUAAAAGGAAAGGGCUUUCAAGUGUGAACAUCUUGUCUUUGUUCAAAAUCAUCAUAUCUUUUUGGCUUUCGUUUUCUGCUCUGCGCAUCAUUGCGCCGGCACAACGGGAUAGCUUGCGCAGGAAAUGCUUCAUUACCUCUAACCUUAGGAAAUGUCUUUUCCCUUCGCUUCCGUUACUUCUUAUUCCCCUCGCCUCCGCCAAUAUGCCAAUGCCUUAUUAACCCCGGUUCUUCCUGCGACGCAGACCCCGGCCUCUCGAACCACAAAGCGCGGGACCGCCGCGAUAAACUACGCGGAGAAUGACAUCGAUGAAGAAGACUUCGACGAUAGCGAUAGUACGCGCCGACCAACUGGCUUAAGAAGCCUCAAAAGGGAGGACAUCCAUCCGGAUCGAGGACCAACAGGGGAGAAACUUGGAACAGAGAUCUUCGCGCCCGCGAAUGUACAGCCAAAUUUCCGAGAAUGGCUACUUCGAAGACGGCCAAAAGCAAUGAAGGAAGUUCAGUUAACAGGCUAUGGCCUGUUACCUCUCAACUUGGUUCCUAUUCGCAUCGAUCUUGAAGUUCCUGCCCAUCAGCCACUUGAACCAUUUCCCUUGCCUCGAAAUUACCUUGAGUUAGGUAUAAACCCUACGGCACCAGCGUAUCGAAAGCCUGAAGCAGCUCCACCCUACAGGAUUAAAGAUUUCAUUCUUUGGAAUCUCCAUGAGCCAUUCAUUACACCUGAGGAAUAUGCGGUUACAUUUGUGCGUGAAUUGGAUUUGCCAAAUUUGCCGAUGAUGGUAACGGCUGUCUGUAAUCAAAUCCGCCAACAGCUCGAGGAAUAUGCGGGCGUGGCGAUGCAUCCAAUUUUCCAGAAAAUACCCGCUUCAAAAAACACACUAUCCCGUACACAAUAUAUUCCAGAAUCACCCACACCUGCUCAGAUAUCCGCUACCACCCCAGCUAACCAAGCUGACGCUGCUGGGAAGCAAGCAAUAUCACAGGGUGUUUCUUCCGACGACAAUUCAUUUAAUACGGAUGACGCGUAUCGUUGUAUUGUUAUUUUGGAUAUCACUCUGCAAAAUAAGCUAUACACUGACAAAUUCGAAUGGUCCCUCCUCCAUGAUCAAGGUCUAGCGGAUCAAUUCGCCCGGAUGACAUGUGCAGACCUCAGUCUAGGACCGGAAUGGGUAAACGUUAUAUCUCAUGGCAUCUGCGAGACUGUUCUUAAAUUAAAGAAAGAAGCAUGCGAAAGCGGUGGUUUAGUGGGAAUUGGCGGGGAUGGAGCCGAAAUCGACAAUCUAGCAGCGAACGGCCGAGAGGCUGGCUGGCGGUACGACCCCGACGGUUUGGGCGACGAAUGGGAGCCUAGGGUUCAAAUUCUGUCCAAGGAAGAUAUAGAAAAGCGUGAGGGAGAUCGAGAACGGCAAAUUCGAAGACUUCGACGGGAAACAGCCAGGUUCUCGUCGACGGCCAACAUGAGCUUAGAUAUGACGCGUCAAAGCUCCGGCGGCUACUUUGAUCUCCCAGAUCCAGACACCCCCCUAGGUCGAGGUGAACGAAAUAAGAGACGGCGUCGUGCCCGAAGUAAUAGUCCAGCAAGUGGGACGCCCGGAGGUAGGGGUACUCCCGACGUUGGUGGCGUAGCGGGAUAUGGAGGUGGAGGAGGCACGCUCACUGAUGCGGAGAGACAAAGCUGGCGAUGCGCCUAUUGCUCCUGGCCAGGACACGCCACUUGGGCCGCGAGAGAUGGGCCUGAGGGGCCAAAGGUUCUCUGCCAAAAUUGCGGAGUGGAAUAUGAACGGGACGGCCGGUUACCAACGUGGUCGAAGAACCUUUUUGCCCCUCGACGAGUUCUCGCAUAAUGUGCAUCUAAGCUGUGUGCUACGAGAAAUCCUCAUCUGCACCUUAUUUCUCCUUUGGACGAAGUUGGUUCAGACCGGUUUAUCAGGUACCCUUUUUACCGUCUGCUGUACACAAAAUGGGUUUGUUUGGCGUUUGAACCAGAAAGAAGGUUUUUUCCGUUCAGCAGGCGCGGCGCUAGCCACCGGACGAUUGUUUUACUUGGCAUGGUAUUCGGGCAUUCGGGGCUGUUUGAUGGGCGUUUAUGGUGACAGUCGGAGGAUUUCCAGUCUUUUUAUGUUUC